AUGGGCAAAGUCGGUCUUGCCAAACAGGAAAGGCCUUAUACUGUGUUCCCGACUAAAGAACUUGCGUUUGAUCAAGAAGGAAGCUUUGUAGCAGAUGAUGUUAAAGCAAUGAGAGAUUUUCUCGACUUGAAAUACACUGUUGAACGAGGUAUUGUGAACAAUUGGGAUGAUAUGGAUAAGAUUUUGAAAUACACUAUCGAGAAACAAUUGAAAGCAAACCUAAUACAUGUAUACCCAAUACAACACCCAAUACUGAUAACUGAAAGUCCAUCGUAUCAUAGAGCUAAUCGUGAAAAGAUGACCGAGGAAAAUAAUAAUAUUAAGAAGGAACUCGUUGAUAAUGUAGACGAUGAUGAAGAUUAUAGUUAA